AAGUCUAAUCUUGUGAAAAACAAAAAGUGCCAAGUAAACAAAGCUGCACUCGAAAGAGAAUGAUUCUGGCAGUUUUCAUUCAUUUCCUUUGCUGUCACUUUCUUGAUUGGUCCGGUUAACUGUUGUCUUCUCCUUGUGCGGAGUAGAGCCUUAUUCUUUGUAUUUAUUUAUUUAGAAUACUGGACAAUACUUUGCAAAUGGUGUCCCAGUGCUCAAUUAUUUCAAUCUAGGAAUAGUUUCUUUUCUUACAGGCGUUUCACAAUUCGCUAUGGACAUAGUUUUGAAAACUACUCUUUGGCUUUUCGCCUUCGGUUUUGUUGCUUUCUUGGCCGGACAGGAAAAUGUGUCCCUGCCAGGUUAUAUUUUGGUUGGCUUGGUCAUUCUGGCUAUUGUUAGUUGGCUCCUUUCCACGUUCGUGACUCCAUUCUUUGAGCGCCGACAUGAGAGAGAGCUAUUGGAAGCUGUACCCGAAAUUCCCGAGGAAGAGAAGAAUCAACGUCGCCAAGAAUUGUUGGAGCGGAUAUCUGCAAAGCAAACUGAAAAGGCUGAACGGUUUCUUGCACGGCAGUCGGAGCUGCAGCAUGAGAAGCUUGACAGCAAGGACAAGCAGCUGAAUCAGUUCUCACCUGCCUGGAAAGGUCAUGGAGAAGCAGUGGUGGAACCUGUGCGAAAGCGAAAGGGACGUUCAACAGAUGCCGAAAGCAAGCCUGAGAUCUCAGCUGUUUUAGAAUCUGAACCAGCAGCGGACUCUACAGAGGUCACCACUACCUUCUCAGUUCGCAUGCCAAAGGGAGAUGUGCAGCGACGGAGAUUCUGUACCAGCUCGUCAAUUCUGCAAGUGCAUGCGUUCGUCGAGUCCUGUGGGUAUCCGCCGUCGCGGUAUUCAGUGUUCACGCUGCGUCCUCGUCAGCUUGUAGCUGUGGAUGAGAACACCCUGGUCAGCACGCUGGACCCGGGAAGGGGACUCAACCUCGUCGUCGAGGAGCGCGACGACGAGGAGAACACCGAGGCAGAGGAGUGAAGUUUGUUUAGAUUCCACAGCCAAAAAAUCUCAGUUGUGGCAAUGGGUUAAAAAUGAUGGAAUUAGUGUAGACACAGCGACUUGAGCAAAAAUAUGAAAUUACUAUCACCAGUGCUAGUUUGUUAGAAUGAUGUAGGGAACAAUGGCUGGCUCUUCAGCUAAUGUGGAUUUCAUGUGGUAGCAAACUAGGUAGAUCUUACGUUAUUCACAACACCUUGUGCCAAAUAUUCAUUGUCUUGAAAUUUCGUAUGCUUUUUAUACUUCAAUGUGUAUUUCAAGUAUUUUAACUCACCAAACAAAAGAAACACACCAAAGUAUUUAUAUAAACUCUCAUGGCUGAUGCUGGUGAUCAUUCUGAUGCUGCUGCUAUCUCUAUGGCUGAUGCUCUAUCUGCGCCCACGCCGCUGUUGCUGCUGCUUGCCUUUCACAGAAUCACUCCUGCAUAGGCACAAACAUGCAGUCAUUAUUUUGAACAUAGCAGUUUCUUUCGUUUCAGUAUUACAGAUUACUCUGGUAGAACAUGCUUUUACUCACCGUACUUAUAUCAUGGCAAAGCUCAUCUAUUUAUUCUAAGUGUAAUAGGAGUUCGUUGGUAUAAGCUGCAAGGAAUGGGGCCGGCUCCCUUCACACACACA